GGCAAGAGCUGCGGGCAAAUCAUUCAAUCAUUGCUUUUCUAGGUUCCUUCCUGCUACAUCACCUUGCUCUCUGCACACCUUUCGCAGCAAGCACGACGCUCACCACUUCAAUCUCGUGUUCGACCACUUGCUAUUCAACCGAUUUCGUCGUCGCGAGAAACUACAACACUCAAAUCUGACAAGAUGGCCGCUAUCAUGGAGGCUCCGGCCAACGAAUACACCCCCAGUUUCGCACCCUUCUUUGGCAUGGCUGGGAUCGCAUCUGCAAUGAUAUUUGGCUGUAUAGGAGCAGCUUAUGGCACAGCCAAAUCUGGCAUUGGAAUCGCUGGUGUUGGAACAUAUCGUCCAGAUCUAAUCAUGAAGUCUCUCAUUCCGGUCGUCAUGUCCGGUAUCAUUGCCGUUUACGCCCUCGUGAUCGCAGUCUUGAUCGCAGGAGAUAUGGAACCUCCGCCAGGGAAGAACUACAGCUUGUUCACCGGGUUCAUGCACUUGGCAAGUGGUUUGAGUGUCGGCUUGACCGGUCUAGCCGCAGGAUAUGCAAUUGGAAUAGUCGGGGAUAUGGGAGUGAGAUCAUACAUGCAACAGUCAAGGAUUUUCGUGGGCAUGGUCCUUAUUUUGAUUUUCGGCGAAGUACUGGGUCUUUAUGGAUUGAUCGUGGGAUUGAUCUUAAACUCAAAGAGCUGAAGAGCCAAAGACAGCAUGAAAGGACGUGUUAUACAAAGCUCGUGGAACAAGGGUUGCAAGAAGACUGUGUCUACAACUUCUCGAAGCUAGAUACUUCUGGGGAAGGUUCUGUACCACUAAUGUAUAGAAUACACUAUUGAGGUCAUCCA